ACCACCACCACCACCACCACCACCACAAUACUUGUCAUUUCUCUUCGACUCGGGGAUUUGAGCUUGGGAAUUCAAGAAUUCUAAAUAUCAUAAUUACUCCCCUCGCAAAAAUGUCGUCCAUGCGAAACGCCGUCCAGAGACGAAACCACCGCGAGCGUGGCCAGCUCAAGAGCCGCGAAAAAUGGGGUAUCCUCGAAAAGCACAAGGACUACUCCCUCCGCGCCAAAGACUACAACGUAAAAAAAGCCAAAAUCAAGCGACUGGAAGAAAAAGCCCGCGAUCGUAACCCCGAUGAAUUUGCGUUCGGGAUGAUGUCUGUGCAUUCGCAGACAAAGGGGAAACACGGUACCGCGACCAGGGACUCCGCCGCCGCGAGGGGACUCAGCCACGAUGCGAUCAAGUUGCUCAAGACGCAGGACGCGGCGUACCUCCGGACUGUCGGGGAGAGGAUCCGGCGGCAGAUUGGGAAGGUGGAGGAAGAGGUGCGGAUGCAGGAAGGAAUCAAGGGGGUUUUGGGCGAGGAUGAGCAUGGGAAGGAUAAGAAAGGGCCAGCAGGGGAGGAGGAGGAGGAUUUUGACGACGAUGAUGAUGAUGAUGAUGACUUUGGGGUUGAUUUUGGAGAGGUGGAGAAGCAGCCGCGGAAGUUGGUUUUUGCGGAUGAUCGGGAGGAACAGAGGGAUUUGAAGAAGACGUUGGAGGAAGGGGAUCUGGAAGAUGACGAGGAUGAGGAUGAAGAGGAGGAUUCGUUCGCGGCUCGUCAGCGCCAGCCGCAGCAGAAAAAGUCCCAGAAGCAGAUCGAUGCAGAGCGACAGGCUUUGGCGGCCGCUCGACGGGCGAAGAAGAUGAAAAAGAGAGCCGCCGAGGGGAGAGAGAACAAGUUGAAGGCGUUGCAGAAGCAGUUUACACACAUCUCUGCUGCAGGACGUGCGCUGGACUUGCAGCGAGCGAAGAUGGCGCAUACCGUGGGCGGCGUCAACAAGAACGGCCUCAAAUUCAAGAUCCGGGAGCGCAGGAGGUGAUGCUCCUCCUCGAUUUUCUCUGCUAUGAUUAAUGACUGGUCUGGGGAAGAAAAAAGUUUCUGUACAUUUAAUAGAUUUUGCGUUUAUAUCAUUCUGCUGGGCGUCUAGAUACCAUGUCCAUAAUAAUGCACUCAAGGCAUCCCUUUUUUUU